CUCUAGCUCCUGACUGGAAACAGCUCUCCUUUUGGGCUUGGAACUGGUUCAGAACAGUGUCUUCCAUCCUUAGUCCUUACACUCCUCCAUUCAUAAACCCGAAAUUUAAUCUAUAGUCUCCCGUGAUCAAUACAGUCCUCUAUAAAACACACGUUUUGGCACAAUACUACUACUCUUAUGGAAGAAAUGAUCUGGGCUUGUACGUGUUGGGCCUAUUGUACGAUGUGGGCUAGCACCAACCAACCCAAAAGGCUAUUAUGGGAUCCACCGGUUUUAGGGUUUUACCAGGGCAUAGAGGCGAUGCAGUGGCACUCCUGCGAUGGAUAACUGCAAUUCCAUCAAGAAUUGAACAUGGAAAUCCAGGAGCCGGACCCCAAAAGACCAAAAAUGUCCCAAACCACCACCACCUCCGAUGACGAAGACUGUGACACCACCACCGCCACCAAAAAGCCGAGAUACAAGCGCCGCAAGAUCGCCAUCUUCUUCGCAUACUGUGGCGUGGGCUACCAAGGCAUGCAGAAGAACCCCGGAGCCAAAACCAUCGAAGGGGACCUCGAAGAAGCCCUCUUCUUCUCGGGCGCCGUCCCCGAGCAAGACCGCGGACACCCCAAGCGGUUCGACUGGGCUCGGUCCGCUCGAACCGAUAAGGGCGUCAGCGCAGUGGGUCAAGUAGUCUCAGGCCGGUUCUACAUUGAUCCACCCGGCCUAGUCGAGCGCCUGAAUUCGAAUCUCCCUCCCCAGAUUCGGAUCUUUGGGUUUAAGCGCGUGACGGCGUCGUUUAAUGCCAAGAAAUUCUGUGAUCGCAGGAGGUAUGUGUAUCUUAUUCCAGUGUUUGCUCUUGAUCCCAGUUCGCAUCCUGAUAGAGAGAGUGUCUUGGCUAGUGUGGGGUCUGAAAAUGAGCUUGUUAAGUGCUUGGAGUGUUCUGAGAGAGGUCGUAAAGUCGUAGGUAUAAUGGGUAAACGCAGUUUCGAAUCGAAAGUUUCAGUAGAUGAUAGGGAAGAUGUAGAAGGUGAAUCUAAAAACAUUGUUCAGUUGGGCAUUCCAUCGAACGAUGAAGCUGCAAUCGUGAACUCUGAAGUUCAAGAAGAGAUUAAGGCCACUUCAAACAACAAUAACAUAGAUGCUAAUAAUUCAAUUUCUGAAACGAUAAAGGAAGAAGCCGCAAAACUGAGCUCUGAAGUUGAUGCAGAGAUUAUCAAUGGUGAAAAUUCAAUUUCUGAACCCGUCAAGGUAGGAGCUGCAAUAUUAAAAUCUGAAGCUAAAGAAGAGAGUAUGGCUUCCUCGGACAACAGACAUGAUGGUAAUUCAAUCUCUCAACCUAUAAAGGAAGGCCGGUGUUUUCAGGACAAUGAGACCUCUGAAUCGACCCCUGAUAGUAGGGCUUCUGCACAAAACGAGCCUGGUGUUUCUCAUUCUGAACAGUCUGACAAGGGAGAGAAUAAGCUUGAGAAGGGAAGUGGGUUUUGUUAUGGCGACAAGGAGAGGGAGAGAUUCAAUAGAAUUCUGGGUCAUUAUGUUGGAACUCAUAACUUCCACAACUUCACCACCAGAAUUAAAGCCGAGGAUCCCUCUGCCCAACGCUUCAUUGUUUCAUUUGAUGGCAACACCAUCGUCACUGUAGAAGGCAUCGAAUUUGUGAAGUGUGAAGUUGUGGGGCAGAGCUUCAUGCUUCAUCAGAUUCGGAAGAUGAUUGGUCUUGCAGUAGCAAUCAUGAGAAACGUUGCCCCUGAGUCCUUGCUAGAAACAGCUCUACUAAAGGAUGUUAACAUCAAUGUGCCCACGGCCCCUGAAGUUGGCUUAUACCUGGACGAGUGUUUCUUCUCGUCCUACAACAAGAAAUGGAGAGACAGCCAUGAAGAGGUAUCCAUGAAAGCCUAUGCAGAAGAGGCAGAAGAGUUCAAGAUGAAGCAUGUCUACUCCCAUAUCGCAGCAACAGAACAUAAGGAAGGAGUUGUGGCCCUCUGGCUGCAUUCUCUGAACCACCGCAACUACCCCGAUUUAUGCAUUGGGGACAAUGGAGCUGCCUCUGAUGGGAAAAAUGGUGAAGAGGAAACAAUGGCCGACUGAAUUGUCUUGCACUAGUGGCUGGAAAGUGGGUACUAGGAAAGGGAGCACUGAAGAAAAAUUUUAUUUCAGCUUCAAUGAAUGAUAAACUGUUCUAUGGUUUUAUGGAGGCUGGAAACAGAGAGACAUAGCAUCUUUGAAACUACUUGCCAGCUCACCAAAAAUAACGAACUUAUAUAACAAACCCUCUUAUUAAAAUAUAUGGCUAUUUCUAAUACUCCUCGUGAUGGAGAAUGAAUAUUAUUAUGAAUGCCCAUCUUGCUUAAUAGAGCCAUGAAUUGAGCAGGGAAGAGAGGUUUGGUUGACAAGUCUACUACUUGAUGUUGAGAAGAGACAUGGGGUGUUUUGAGGCAACCAUUUUGAAUCUUUUCUCUUACAAGGUGACAAUCGAUCUUUAUGUGCUUAGUUGCUCGUGAUACACCUUAUUAGUUGUUAUAUGUAAAGCAACUUGAUUAUCACAAAACAAAACUACUGGAUUUGGGUGAUCAAUAUGUAGAUCUUUGAGGUUACAUUGGCCAUGGACCUGUAUUCAACUUCUGCUGAUGAUCUUGA